CUACCCAUGUUUGCAGAUAUUCAAAUCUCUCUUGAUUAUUUUCUUGUCAACAUUUACAUUUACUUCAUAUAUAGGGCUGCAAAUUAAAGUUUUUGCAAAGCAUCAAUAUGGCCUCCAUUUUGGAUCAGUAUGAAGAGGAAUCAGCGAGGGUGACGAGUAUGUCCUCCGUAACUCCAAUGCAGGUCCCUAUUGGACCGGGAUAUAUUGAUGCUAGGACAGAUUUAGACAUUCCAAUAUUCAGUAAAAAGAAAAUAAAUUUUAAGCCAUCUGACCCCAUUACACAUUUGGCAGUUUCUAAUAAUUUUCUGGUGAUGGCCAUGAAAAAUAACCUUCUGUUAAGACUGGACCUGGAACACCCAGACCAACAGGAGGAGAUUGAAUUACCUAAGCCUACAGAAGACAAAUUAUACAGGCUGUUUCUGGACCCUACAGGAAAGCACUUAAUUAUUUGCAUGGAAUCUACAGAAAACUUGUAUUUGUCCAGGAAUUCAAGAAAACCUAGAUCUAUAGGCAAACUAAAGGGUCAUCUGAUAAACACUGUAGCCUGGAACCUACAGAACACAAAUGAAAAUACAACAGGAGCAAUCCUACUGGGAACCAGUAGAGGCCUCAUAUUUGAGACAGAACUGACAGAUAGUGGAGACAGUAGGUUUUUCCAGGGCAGUCUAGAUCAGUACCUGAAGCAGCUUUUCAACUUGGCCAAAGACAAGAUAGUCCCAAUUACUGGACUGGAGUUUGACAGAAUGCCAUCAGACUCCAUGACAGAGUACAAAUACUACAUUCUGGCCACUACACCAGGGAGGUUGUACCAGUUUGUGGGAAAUGUGCCCAAGUCUACGGAUCCCCCAUUGUUUCAGCAUCUGUUUAUGCAGUAUGAAAGUGGGACAGAACAAUUUCUGGAGCUUCCUGGGGAAUUUGGUUACAGUGAAUUGAGAAUGUUCCGGCCACGCUAUGCCAACAGUGUCAAAAGUUUUGCUUGGAUGACUGGUCCUGGUGUGUACUAUGGGGAGAUUGACGUGUCAGGGGCUGCUGGACCUCAGUCCGUUACUAUCAACACAAAACUCAUCAGAUAUCCAAGAGAUGGAGAUGAGAGAGCUCAGAAUCCUAUCUCUAUGGUGAUGACAGAGUUCCAUGUCCUUCUUCUCUUCUCUGAAAGAUUAAAAGUGAUGUGCAUUUUAAAUGAACAGCUGAUAAUUGAGGAUGUAUUUCCUGAUCGAUUUGGCAGACUCCUUGGAAUAUGUUCUGACCCAGUGAAGGGCACCAUUUGGGCUUUCACAGAGCAGAAUAUCUUCAAAUACAAAGUCACAAGAGAAUCUAGAGAUGUUUGGCAAAUGUACUUGGACAAGAAGGAAUUUGAACUAGCGAAAGAAUACUGCAGAGACAAUGCUGCUCAUCUUGACAGAGUGUUGACCAAACAGGCUGAAUAUCUCUUUGAAAAGGGAGCUUACCAAGAAAGUGCCAUGAUGUAUGCACAGACACAAAAUUCUUUUGAGGAAAUUGCAUUGAAAUUUAUUAAACUGGACAGAAAAGAUGCAUUAAAGUCAUUUAUACAAAAGAAACUUUCAUCUCUUAGACCACAGGACAAGACUCAGAUAACAAUGUUGGUAACUUGGUUAAUAGAGAUUUUCCUGAACCAUUUGGGAGAGAUGAAAGAGCAAGGACAGGAUGAAUCCAAAGAGUAUCAAAAGACUCAAGAGGAGUUCCGAAUGUUCCUGGCUGAGCCAAAAAACAAGGAAUGUGUCAGUAACAAUCGAGGUGUGGUGUAUGACUUGAUAGCCAGUCACGGAGAUGUGGAGGACAUGGUCUUCUUUGCUGUAUUAAUGCAAGAUUUUGAGAAAGUAAUCACCCACCACAUUCAGCAUGACAACUACAAAGGAGCUCUGACACAGCUUAUGAAACAGAGUGACACUGAGUUGAUCUACAAGUUCUCUCCCCUAUUGAUGCAGUACAUUCCUAAGGAGACUGUUAGUCUGUGGAUCAGUCGGAAAAAUUCACUGGAACCAAUGAAACUCAUCCCAGCCCUGGUCCAGUAUGACCACAACAAAUACAGGGAGCAGGGAAAUGAGGCCAUUAGAUACCUGGAGUUUUGUAUAGAACAGCUGGAUAACAAGGACCAAGCCAUCCAUAAUUACCUGUUAUCUCUGUAUGCCAAAAUCAAACCUGAUCAACUCAUGACGUAUCUCAACAUUCAAGGAAUGGAUGAGGAUUCCAUUUGCUAUGACCUGAAGUAUGCUCUGAGACUGUGUGCUGAGCACGGCCACCAGCGAGCCUGUGUGCACAUCUACUCACUGAUGGGAUUGUAUGAAGAGGCAGUAGAUUUAGCUCUGGAGGUGGAUGUAGAAUUGGCCAAACAGCAGGCAGACAAACCAGACGAAGACAACUUAGACCUCAGGAAGAAACUUUGGCUCAGAAUUGCCCGCCAUGUUGUGGAAGAAGAAAAAGAUGUAAAACGGGCAAUGGAGUUCCUUCACGACUGUGAACUACUUAAAAUUGAAGAUAUUCUACCAUUUUUCCCAGAUUUUGUCACCAUUGAUCACUUUAAAGAUGCUAUAGUGACCUCCCUCCAGGAAUAUAACCGCCACAUUGACCAGCUGAAGGAGGAGAUGGAUGAUGCUACCCACAGCGCCGAGGAGAUCAGGAAGGAAAUUCAGAGCUUUAGAAACAGGUAUGCUUUUGUGAAUGCCACAGACAAAUGUGCAGCCUGUAACUUUCCUCUAAUGGCCAGGGCAUUUUAUCUGUUUCCAUGCCAACACAAGUUUCACAAUGAUUGCUUGAUUGGGGAGGUUCUGCCAAACCUGACCAGUAAGAAGCGUCAGAGGGUGGAGGAGCUUCAGCGAAAAAUGGCUGAAAACGAGGAUAUGAGAUCAGCAUCAAUAGUGAACAGGGGAGAUAAUCAGUCUGACAAAACACAGGACAUUAAGGCUGAGUUGGAUGACUUAGUUGCAUCAGAGUGUAUUUAUUGUGGGGACAUUAUGAUCAGGAGUAUAAGCAAACCAUUCGUGGAUGAAGAUGAGCAGGAUGUUUUAAGUGGCUGGCUGUAAACCAAGAAGGGUCAAACAACAACAUGGGGAUUAACGAGAAAUAGUGCGAAAGUUAAACAUAGUGCUCUGUCAUCAAUAUUCAUCCGUUUGUUAAGCUUAAAAUAUUUCUUGAUGCUUUGUUUUUUUAAUAACUUGUGUUGAACUACGUGCAAUAUUAUAUGAAUUAGCUAAUAAAUUUUAUAUUUGUAAA